AUGCCGUCACAAGCGUGCGUUGUGCCCUCUCCUAUAUUGCCUCAUUUUCUCCCCCCUUUCACCCAUCACUACCCGUCAUCACCCACCAUCACCUCGAACCCUUCAAGGCCCAACCUGCUGGACGUGUUGAGGGAGAGAGGCCUUGCCGAUGCCGUCACGAACGUUGCCAGCCAUCGCUGCCAUCACCCAUCAUCACCCAUCGUUACCCAUACGUACCCCCCCCCACCUCUCCCCCCUUCAAGGCCCAACCUGCUGGACGUGUUGAGGGAGAGGGGCCUGGCCGAUGCAGUCACGAGCGAGGCAUUCCGGGAAGCGGCAGAGCACCCUCUGAAGAUCUACGUCGGCUUUGACCCCACUGCUGAGUCACUCCACCUGGGGAAUCUCCUGGGAAUCAUCUUCUUGGCAUGGGCACAACGGUGCGACUACACAGCAGUGGCUCUGCUGGGGGUGGGGAUGGCCACAGCGCAG